AUGCAGCAGCAGCCGAUGCAGCAGCAGCCGAUGCAGCCGAUGCAGCAGCAGCAGAUGUACCCGCAGCAGAUGCACCCGGAGCAAGUGCACCCGCAGCAGAUGAAUAACCCGCAGCCGAUGCGCCCGCAGCAGAUGCGCCCGGAGCAGAUGCACCCGGAGCAGAUGCGCCAGGAGCAGAUGCACCAGGAGCAGAUGCAUCAGCAGAUGAUGCACGAGGAGCAGAUGCACCAGCAGAUGCAGGCCCAGCAAUACGGCGACGGCACGAUGUUCAAGCGCGCCACCAUCAUCGCGACGCUCGCCCUCGGCGCGCAGGGCUUCGCCCCCAAGUCAUUGCCGCGCGCGUCGACGCGCGUCUCCGAGUCGUUCGAGGAAUACAUGAAAUCGCGCGAGGACGCCCCGGCGGCCCCCGCGGCGCCGGCCGCGAAGACGGCGCCCCUCGUCGUCGACGUCGAGCCCGUCGGGGCGAAGCCGGCCGCGUCCCCCUUCACGGCGGACUACGUCGACGUCGAGCGGCGCGAGGUCGAGCUCGCGGCGCGGACGGCCCUGGACGCGCUUCGGUCCAAGGGCCGCGGCCUCGACCGGGCGGCCGAGGAGGCCGCGUGGGAGGCCGCGUGGAUCGCCGCGUCGGUCUCGAACCUCGGGCAGCUCAAGCUCAAGCAGGACGCGGCGGCCCACGUGUCCGCCCACAUCCAGCCCUACGUCCCGCCGCUCCGGCUCCCCGCGCCCGGCGGCCCCGAGCAGGACCCGCGGGAUCCGCGCUUCGCAGCGGGGCCGGCGCCGCCCGGCGGCGACGUCCGCGGCUACGCGCCGGACCCGCGGGAUCCGCGGGAUCCGCGUUUCGCGGCGCCCGCCCCCGGCGGCGACGUCCGCGGCUACGCGCCGGACCCGCGGGAUCCGCGCUUCGCGGACACGCCCGCGACCGCGCCGGCGCAGCGGCGUCGGGCGAGCGUCGCGCGGGCGAAGGCCGGCAUCGAGCAGGAGCAAGUCCGGGGCCCCCUCUCGAACGAGGGCAACUACAACCACGACGACGCCUACGGCCGCGGUCAGGUGGGCUCCAAGACGCGCGCGGGGCCGCCGCCCGCGGGGUGGGAGGAGCGCUACGAGCGGGAUCGCCUCGCGGCGGCGCGGGGGCCGCCGCCCGCGGGGUGGGACGCGCCGCCCGGCGGCGGCUACGCGCAGGACCCGUGGAAUCCGGGCUUCGACGAGGGGCGGGCGCCGCCGGGCGGCGAUUUCGGCGGCUACGAACAAGGCCCCAAAAAGCAGCGCUUCGGGGGGGCGCGGACGCGGAACGGCGGCCACGUCCGCGUGGUGCCGCCCGGCGGCGACGUCCGCGGCUACGAGCAGGAGGACCCGCGGGAUCCGCGCUUCGCGGCGGGGCGGGCGCCGCCCGGCGGCUACGAGCAGGGGCCGUGGGAUCCGCGCUUCGAGGCGGGGCCGGGCGGCGACGUCCGCGGCUACGAGCAGGGCGCGUGGGAUCCGCGCUUCGAGGCGGCGCGGGCGCCGCCGGGCAUGGAGGGCCGCCGCUACGCGCAGGGCCCGAAGAAGCAGCGCUUCGCGGGUCGCCGGAACUACGACCAGGCCGACGCCUUCGCGCACGGCGGCCCGCAGCCCCGACGCUCUCGGGGCGGGCGCAAUCGCUGGGACAGCUCUGCGCCUGCGGCGCCGCGGACGACGACGGCCCUGCGCGCGACGCGGCAAGGCUGGCUCGCCGGCUCCAUGAACUACGUCGACGUCGAGCCGCGCGAGGCCGCGUGGAAGGCCAAGUGGAGCGCCGCGUCGGCCGCGAACGUCGAGCAGCGCGCGCACACGCGGGGCGCGGCGGCCCGGGUCGCCGACGACGUCCGGGCCUACGUGCCGCCGCUCGGCGGCCGCGUCGCCGGCGCCGUCGACGAGUUCGCCGCGGACGAGACGGCAAUGUCGUCCGCGCCGGCCUGGCUCGCCGGCAACGUGCUCGGCGAGCAGGCGGCCGCCGAGCGGGCGCUGGCCACCAUGGAGCGGGAGCGCGUCGGCGCGGAGGCCCCCGCCAAGGCGCGUCGCCACGGGGCCAAGGCCAAGGCCGUCGUCCGCAGCCCGCCCCGCCGUCGCUUCCUCCCGGGCCCGGGAGGCGUCGUCGACGGCGGCGCCGUCGGGCCGGGCGCGAUGGGUCCGGGCGGCGCCGUCGGGCCGGGCACGCCCCGCCCGCACCCCGCCCUGCCCUACGACUACCGCCGCGCGACGCGGGACCCGCAUCGCUACCACGACCCCAACGCCGCCUACGGCGAGGGCUUCUUCCCGGCCCGCCGGGUCGCGACGCGCGCGCAAUGGGGCAACCCGGGCCUCCCGUGGCUCAACGACCGCUCCGUCGUCCCCCGCCGCCCCGGCCCGCGCGCCGCCCACGGGCCCUCGCGGGCGACUCCCACGUGGCGCCCGGCGUACGACGAGGACAUGCGGCAGAACCCGUACGGCGCGAACAGCAUCCAGUUCGACGCGGGGCGGAACCGGUGGCAGAACCGCGAGCAGCGCCGGCGCCAGGAGGAGGGCCGGGGCCGCGCGGACUGGCGCCGGCCGCGAGGCGGCUUGCACCGCGAGGAACUCCGCGCCCGCCGCUACCGCGAGUGGAAGCCCCUGAGCCAGGACUUCACCUGA